CCCGCUCGGGAAUGGCUUCGUCUCCGAGCGGCGGCAGCGGCGGUGGCGGUGGUGGUGGUAACUUUGAUUGCGGACUCGAAAUCAAAACUCGGUCGGUGGAACAAACCCUCAUCCCGCUGGUGUCUCAGAUCACUACAUUGAUCAAUCACAAGGACAAGCUAAAGAAGACUGAGAAGACCUCGCGGGCCAUCCAGAGGGUAGGCCACGCGGUCAGCGCCGCCGUGAGUCGCUUCGUGGCAGUCGGAGAGGCCAUCGCGCUCGAGAACGAAGAAUUGAAGGAAGAAAUGGGUCACGCCUGCUUCGAGGCCAGACGAGCAGGCACGGCCAUAGCGCAGCUGACGGACAUGUGCAGUGCUGAGACGAGCGAAGCGGCCGCCUGCAGCAGCGCGUCGAGCGACAGGAUGGGCAUGGUGAAAGCGGCUCGCCUGCUCCUCUCCUCAGUCACCAAAGUGCUGGUGCUCGCAGAUCGCGUCGUCAUCAAACAGAUCAUCAGUUCUCGCAACAAAGUGCUGGUUACACUGGAACAGCUGGAACGAGUCAGCACCUUUCAGGAGUUUGUGCAGAUCUUCAGUCAAUUCGGCAAUGAGAUGGUGGAAUUUGCGCACCUUACGGGGGACAGGCAGAAUGAUCUGAAGGAUGAGAAGCAGAAGGCGCGCAUGGCUGCAGCCCGAGCCGUGUUGGAGAAAUGCACCAUGAUGCUCCUCACUGCUUCUAAGACAUGUCUGAGGCACCCAGACUGCGAGUCCGCACGAAUCAACAAGAACGCCGUGUUCCAGCGCAUGCGUCUGGCUCUGGAGCAGGUUAUCGAGAUUGUAACAGAUGCCAGGAGCAGUGGCGAGGCCAAAACACUGCCCAUCAGUAUCUAUGCUGGAAUUAAAGACCUUAAGAAUAAGGUGGAAGGGUUGAGGGAAUCUCUGUACUGUUUGCCGUGUGAGACCGUAGCAGCUCAGCUGGAGGCUCUGGUAGAACAGACCGAAGACUUCACCGAUUCGGCGUACACUAGCCAUGAGCAGCGCGAGAGCAUCCUGCAGCUCUGCCACGUGACACAGCAGGAAGCCAAACAGCUCAUCUCCGCCUGGAGUCAAGCACAGUCAAUCAAAGCCAAAGACGUGACUGAGGAAUUGGAAGUGGCUAUUCUGAAGACCUGUCAUAAUCUCGCUGAGCUAAGACGUGAGCUCCACAAGGUAGCAGUGGGACGGGCCAGCGAGCUGCUGAAGCUGCACUCGGAUCACGCCGUGCUCCAGGCUCUGAAGUCUACAGGAGGUGAGGGCAACGUCGAGGCAGUGGCUGAUUACGCCCGCACGCUCACUGAGCACAGGGAACAGCUGGUAGAGACCUGCAGACUGCUGUGCCACAUCUCGGGGACGGAGCCUCUGGAGAUCACGUGCAUUCAUGCAGAGGAGACCUUCCAUGUCAUUGGUCCACAGAUCAUCUCAGCAGCUCAGACACUGGCUCUUCACCCCAAAAGCAAGAUAGCCAAAGAGAACCUGGACGUCUUCUGCGAGGCCUGGGAGUCGCAGCUGUGCGACAUGGCCAUCCUGCUCAAAGAGAUCAGCGACGUGUUUGAAGGCCGCAGAGGCGAUAAAAGAUCAUACCUGUCGUUACCUCGGCCAGGGAAGCACUCUGCCAAUCUGAAGACUCCGAAGGCGGCCAAGCUCGACACAGAGGUGUGUUGUAGUGCUCAGGAUCAGACCACCAUCAUCAAGUUGGGACACGAACUCCGACAUCUUACCUCAGAUGUAGAUUUGGAGCUGGAGCGCUGGGAGAAUCAGGAGCACGAGGUGGUCCGACACUGUCAGGGCAUGUCCAGUAUGGCGUACUCCAUGUACCUCUUCAGCAGGGGUGAAGGCCUGUUGAAGACCACUCUGGACCUUUUCCAGCAAGCUGAGGUUCUAUCAGAGUUGGGUCUGCAGCUGUGCUCCUUCCUGCACUCCUUCUCCGCACAGCUGGUGGAUGAAGAGAAAAUGCUUCUGACGUCCGAGACGGAGAAACUGACAGCUUUUUGUCAGCAGCUCCAAAUUUGUGCCAAGACUCCAGUCCAGGGAAAGAGUGCCACGUUCCAGAAGGUGGACUCGACUAUACACAACACCAAAGGAGUGAUGACAGUGGUGGCGUCUCUCUUACCGCUGUGUGAUAAACUAAUCCGAAAGUGUAAAUCAGAGUGCAGCAGUGUGGAUUCGCCUCAGGCCUGGAGAGAGAAGCAGCACACGCCGGUCAAAGACGACGCACUCAAUGGAAAAAACUCGAACAGCUUCAGGGUUAAAUCCCUGGAGCAGCACAUGACCGGUCUCACCUUCUUAGAGAGCAAGUAGCUCGGAGUCCUUAAAGUCCAGAGCUAAUGAAACCUGGAGUAUCAUUCUGAACGAACACACACACACACACACACACCGUGGCUACAUAUGUUUAAUGUUGUGCAGUGGUUCCUGGCAUUCCAGCUGCACUACUCUCAAUUUAUUGAAGUCCAAAAGUCUUUUAACCAAGAACUGCUUUUAUUUCAGAAUACAUCAUUUUUCCUUUUUUUUUUUUAUAAUUAACAAUUAGAACCAAUAUUAUGUAAUAAAAUAUAGCAGAAAGCCACAGUAGGUUAUGUCUUCUAGGGAUAUAAUCCUGGAUAGAUGUGUUCUUAAAACCUUAUCGGUUUACAUCUAAGCAAAUGAACACAGAAUUCCAGCCAAUCAGAUUUUAGAAUAGUUUUUUUUUAUAAUUAAAAACCGUAAUAAUUGGUAAAGGAAGAUUUUUGAGAUUGGGUUUUUAUUAUUCGAAUUUUCUUUGUUGUUGUUGCUGCAUACCCAGUUUCUCUUUUUAGCUUAAAUUUUUAGAAGUAAAAAAGGAAAGGGGGAAAAAAAAAAACUAACUUAUUGAAACGAAUCUAUAAGAUCAAAAGUAUUUGGACACCCGACUUUUCAGCCACAUAUUCCCACAAAGUUGUACACACUAUACGUCUUCAACUAGGAGACCCAAACCUGUUCCAGCAUAACAACGCCCCUGUGCACAAAGCAAACUCCAUGAGGAUAUGCUUUACAUGUUUUAGAGUGGAAGAUCUCCUGCUAUAAACCUCCAAAACUACCGAACACCUUUGGGAUGAACCCUCAACUUACCUACAUCAGUACCUAACUUUACUAACACCUUUGUAGCUGAAUUCAUCUCAUACAACUAUCCAAAAAAAUCUUGUAAAACAUCUUUCCAGAAGAGUGAAAGAUAUUAUAACAGGAAAUAGGGACUAAAGAUGGAAUGGAAUGUUUAAAAAAAAAAAAAUCUUAAAGUCAGGUGUUACAAACGUUUGUCUUUAUAGCGUAUCGGGUCGUUUAAUUUCAGAAGCCGAAAUGUCUACAAUUAAAAACAAAAAAAAAGUGAUAACAUACUUUAGCUUUUUAUAUGAUAUAAUUUUUUAAUAUUGGUAUAAACCGAGUAUAUUGGUAUAAACGCAUUGGCGUUUUAAGCACUAAUGAAAUAAAAACAGUUCUCUCGAGACUUUUGCACUCGACGGCAAACAAAAAACAUUGAUCAAAACUGCACAAUUUUCUCCCUCUUCAUAAAACCCAGUGCAUGUUUUCGGGUCAAUUCCACACUGGGCUGCUAUUCACGCCUGCUGAAAAAGCUACCGCUAAGAAGGUGUUUAUAUUUUAUAUCGUGUGUACUAGAGGUCGACCGCUAGUGGCUUGUACCGAUUGCUAGGUUGGAUCAUAUUUGCUGAUAACCAGUUAAUCAACUGACAGUUUUUUUUAAAUGAAUACUAGGAAAAAAAAAAGUACUUAACUUUAUUAUAAAAAUAAGCUAAAUGAAAUAAAUGUGAUCUGGCGCUCCCCUUAAAGUGCGCUGUCUCGCGAGUAAAAUCAAAAUACAUGUGGUGUCAGUGAUUUGCCUCUAGAGGCCACUCUUGUUACUUUGUCAGCAGCUUCAGCAAUGGAUGCAACCUGGAAAAACUAUCAGUAUGGAUUUUUGCCUACUAUCGGUGGUGAUUAAUCGGCAAAAGCGAUGAAUCGGUCGACCUCUAGUGUUAACAGCACAGUGUAAUAUAUAUAUAUGAAAUCCAGCUCGGGGACCGUUAGUUUAGAAAAACCGACGCUCUGUGUUUAAUGCAUCUGCCUCAUUUAUUAGAUGACGCCAAAUACGUCCGGCUCCAUCUCCUCUCAGGCUGUGAAACGUCACGUCACAAAGGUUUUGUUUUUCCAGAAAUGCUGAAUGACUGUUGAAAUGACUGCGAUCCUGAAAAAAAAAUCUGUGCUGAAGAAAGUCACGAAAGUAUCAAUGUGACCGUCACAGUAUUACGAAGCAAGUUUUGUUGGUGUACUUUGUUGUAGUGGCAGUAACCGCCUGCUCCUAUGCGUCCAAUAGGUCACUGUGAUUCGUAACGUUACUUGAAACGUGAAUUGCACCGAGCUCUGGUACUAACGGUCCGGAUGAAGACUUUCCAAAAAUAAAUACAUAAAUAAAUAUUGAUGCAUCGAUACACUUGUUUUGGUACCUGAGCUGGAAGCUGAGCGAAAUGUCCAAAAGAAAUGUAUCUACACUUGGAAUUGUGCUUUUGUCAAACUGUUAGCUUAAGUAAAGCCUGAGACCUGGAGUGAAACUACUUUUGGACCAUUUUGACAGUUGAAUGAUUGUUGAACAAAGAAAGUCUAAAUAAAAAUAUAUACGUUAUUUUCUUA